AUGCCACUCCUUGAUGCGCGCGACGGUCCCUCCUACGGUGCUAUACCGCGGGGAGAGGACGAGACGAUUAUGGAUCAUGAACGGGAUCAGUUGCUGCAGGAUGGCUACGAAACCGACGGUGAUCCAAGUGAUGUUUCAACGAUGGGCGAAGCACAAGAAGGAGUGAGGAAAAUUGAGGCGAUAAAUAUGACUUGGACAACUCGUUCAUUAAUGAUCGCCUACGUCAGUAUAUUCCUCAUGGCAUUCUGCACAUCCCUGGAGGGCCAGACUGUAAUGUCAUUGUCGGCAUAUGCCACCAGUGCAUUUAGCAAGCAUUCGUUGAUUUCCACCGUUCUUGUGGUUCAGAAUGUAGUCAAUGCGGUAAUCAAACCACCCAUGGCAAAGGUUGCCGAUGUAUUUGGUCGCUUUGAGGCAUUCUGUCUAAGCAUUACCAUAUAUAUCCUGGGCUAUAUUCAGAUGGCUGCAUCGACCAAUGUGCAAACUUAUGCCUCGGCGCAGAUAUUUUACUCCGCUGGUUCAACGGGUCUGCAAAUUCUCCAGCAGGUGUUCAUCGCUGAUAGCAGUGACCUUCUCAACCGUGCCUUUCUGGCUUUACUCCCAGAGUUCCCAUUUUUGAUCACUGUCUGGCUCGGGCCGACCAUCGCUGGAGCCGUGCUUCAGUCAUCAUCAUGGCGUUGGGGCUAUGGCAUGUGGGCAAUCAUCCUCCCCGCUGCCUUUUUGCCACUCGCUCUUUCGCUGCUUCUGAAUCAGCGUAAAGCUGAACGAUUGAAUCUGAUCAAACCAUCCAAGGCGAGACGCCGGCGGAGCCUUUUCAGCGUCAUUCGAAGAACAUGGUACGACCUGGACGUUGGUGGUUUGACCUUGUUAUCAGCAGCUGUGACUCUGCUUUUGGUACCCCUGACGCUGGCGGCCAGUGCCAAAAAUGGAUGGAAAAGCCCAAGCAUCAUUAUAAUGAUGGUCAUUGGUGUCCUCUGCUUGAUUGCUACUCCGUUGUAUGAAUCAUCUAAGAGGCUAGCGCCCAAGCCUCUGCUUUCUCUGCAUCUACUUAAGCAACGAACCGCUCUUGCUGGUUGUGCUUUGGCAUUUUGGUACUUCAUGGCAUUCUAUUUUUCCGUUCAACCCUACCUCUACUCUUACCUUCAGGUCGUCCAGAACUAUGAUGUGGCCACCGCUGGUCGUGUCACCCAAACCUUUGCAUUUACAUCGACUAUUGCUGCAUUCACCGUGUCACUCCUAAUCAAGUACACGCGCCGAUACCGCAUAUUCGUGACCAUUGGCUGCGUCAUCUACAUGACUGGUCUAGCAUUGAUGCUUACGUGCCGUCAAGAGGGCGCCUCUCACCUACAAGUCCUGGGUACCCAAGUCCUCGUGGGCUGUGGCGGCGGCUUGCUCAACGUACCCGUUCAACUCGGCGUCCAAGCAUCUGCAAGCCACCAAGAAGUCGCAGCAGCCACCGCAAUGUUUCUCACGUCCAUGGAAAUGGGUGGUGCCGUUGGUGCCGCCAUCUCCGGAGCCAUCUGGACCCAUUUGAUUCCCCAAAAACUUAUGCAGUACUUGCCCGAAGAGAGCAAGUCUCAAGCCGGCGAGAUUUUUGGCAAACUGACAACGGCCCUCGAAUACCCUAUGGGAUCCCCGACUCGCAUCGCCAUCAACCGCGCAUACCAAGAAACUAUGAACCGCCUGCUAACACUCGCCAUUAUCGUGACUUUACCGUUGAUUCCGCUUAGUCUUGUUAUGGUGGACUACAAGCUGGACAAGAUGAGCCCUGGUAGCCACAAUGACGGAGAUGAGACCCCACCACCUGUGGAGGCAGAAGCCGAUACUGAUGACCAACAACAUAAAUGA